AUGAGUGGAGUUCCUGUCAUUGUCGAAAUUGAUGACAAUUUCGGAAUUCUAUACAAGAACAUUAAUGGACUUCGCUCUGACGAUAACCAAACAAUUAUUAUUACGUUGACAAGAUUCAGAAAAUCUGUUUCAUUUCAAUGGUUAAAUUCAUUUCAACGAGUAAAUCCGCAAUUAUGCUUAUCAGUUGUUAUUUCAACGAUACUCAACUUCACUGAGUAUUCUGAUGCAACUGUUCGAGUAAAUGCAUAUUCAACCUUAGGUGCCCUUCUUCUUUGCGUCGCACCAUUCUCUCCAAUGCUUUUUAUUCGUGCAUUUGGCUCAGCAACCUCACAAUUACCCGUUUCUCCAAAGAUGUCUGUGGCAAUUAUUAAUAUGUUUGUUUAUCUAUCGAGAUUCGUAUCACCUGUCCGUAUCACAGAGUUUGUUGCGAUGGUUCCUGUUGUACAUCACUUCGGUGUUGAUGUUUCCGAUUAUAUUCAGCAUUUACCGACAAUUAUACCUUUAAUGAAAGUUUUACCCGUAGAGUUCCAUCAAAACAUUUUGAGAUCAAUUCUCGUUUCGUGUGGUCGAAAACCAAAUUACGCUUUCGCAAAUACAGUUUAUCAGCUUAUUUCUUUGAACAAAGAGCAAUUAACACAGGAUUGCAUGUCAUUCUUGGCUGGUAACCAGCUGGAAGACGCAAUUGUGUGGCUUGGUCCUUUCCUUCUUGGAGAUGAUGAAAUUUACAAUUGUUUAGGCGACGAAUACAGAGAAUUAUUCCUUUCGCAUGCUAUCAAAAUUUUUACACGACAGAAGCCUCAACUCAGUCUUUUUGAAUAUUCUUGCAAAAUUGCAAAUAUCUUUCUCAAAAAAUCUCGCGGUUCUGAUCUAGAAGAAGCCAUUCAUACUAGAAUAUACACUGCCAUACCCGAUAAUCUUUCAUUACCUUUCAAAACAAAGUUAUUAAAUUUGCCAACUCCAUUAUCCGACAUCAAGCUCGAAGAAAAGGAUGCGGACUCAGUCAAAGGUGCCAAACUUAAUGCAGCAGUCACUUACUUCAUAGAUACUUACAAUUCCGGAAAAGUUGACGCAGAUGAUGUUGCUGCCUUCUUCCUUCCUUUCAAAGACUCCGAAAACGAUCUUUACUGCACAUUUGUCGAAUGUUUCGGCAACUGCAUUGAAGAACUCCUCAAAAGAUGCAAGAAAAAUAUUCAUAUCGAGUUACUUGAGCUUAUUCUCCGCAAAAAGAAUAAGAACUGGGUUCACGAUGAAACAGUUUGCAAGAUGAUUGAUCGCAUUCCUCUUUCCCUUGCUAUGAAACAGUUUCCAAUUUAUCAAGAACUUGUUUUUGAGAGAUUACUCGAAUAUACACUCAGUACAACCGAUAGGUUGUACAACAGUGCCACAGAUAGCCUCAUAAAGGUCGCUUCCUAUACAAAUAUCAAUGAUUUAUUAUCAAAGAUUUACAGAUCUGACUGGAUGACUGAAGGAGUAGCCAUGCGAUGUUUCCGGUUGCUUGCCAGGCUUUCUGACCUCUUCAGAGCCUCUUCUUUCCAAAUGUUCGUUGACAUUGCCUAUGAAUCAAUUUUAUUUUACGAUAAUAUCAACUUAUUAUCGAAUGUAUAUGAGUUUUUGUCACAUGUACCAAUAGAUCAUAUGCCAGAUAACAUCAGGACCUUCUCUUUCGAGUUCAUUGCCCGCGAAUACCAAAGUUUUUCACACAGAAAAAUGGAUUAUCCACAAAACCACUAUGAUGUGCCAAUUCCUCAAGGCUCAUUUGUCGAAACACUCGAUACAGACAUCGUUGCGAACCCUACAUUUGAUCAUGUAUCAGUAAUGAUGCCUGUCAUGAAUUGUUUCAGUUUUCUUUAUUCAAUUCCACGAGCUUUGCUUCAAGACACUGAUACUUUGUUUUGGGAUUCGUAUUAUUUAGUUCCUAUUCUCGGACAUUACGCGUUGGACGCUGCUAGAACACUUAUUGAUAUUUCCAAUCCUUAUUACGAUAAUUUGUGGAGUCUUGGCUUGGAAACAUUCAAAGUUACAUCGAAAGAUGAAGUUUCUGCAGCAUGUGUCAAAUUAUUUACGAAUUGUCCGAAACCUCUUCCUCCUGUUGUCAAUGAGAUGCUACAGAAAUAUUUGCAGACAGCGGGAACAGCACCAGAACUUGUUUUCCUCGCUUUCAUUAUUGUUGAUCAGGAUAAUCAUGAAAUUGCGAUGGAAGGAGUUUUUAAUUUGAUUUCGCAAUUGGGAGAAAUUGAAGCUUCAAAGAUUUUGUUUAAACUCGUUCACGUAAUGGGAAGCAGCCUAUUAAAGGAAAUUAAAGAUGAACAUGCUGCUGCUUUGUUGCAAUACGCUGUUGAUAUUGGAGAACCGUUUUCUGAAAGAGUUAAAAAUUAUUUCGAAAAAUCUCCUUUCGAUAAAUGGCCGGUUGGAGACCCUGAAAUGGAUUCAUGCACGUUUAAGUUCAUGUCUAAAUACGAGAAAACAAAAUUGCCAAUGGAAACACUCGAAAAAUUAGAUAGAGAACAUUGGGAUUUCGUUAUUAUUUAUAACUCUAUUUUUGACUUAGAAAACGUGCCAAUUUUCAUCGAACAAAAUCCAGAUACAUUCGCAAAAAUUGAUGUUUCUUUCUUCAGAAUUCCGCCACAACCGCCGGAACCAUUUGAAUAUAAAAAAGUGACAGGAAAAAUGACAAUUGCUUCCAUUCAGCCAAACAUCAAAAGAAACGAGUUGCCAGAUGAUUUGGCAUUGAUCACUUCACUUUUGACAGCAGGAAAAGUGAAGUUAACUGAUGACAUGUUUUCUAAGAUAUUUAAUUUAGUUUAUGAAAAAGAAGACAUCAAAACAAUGAAAUCUGUUUUGAAUUACGCAAUUAGAAACAAAAGUGAAGUCGAAUUUGUCAAAUUACUGACAAAUCAAAAAUUCAGAAAUGAUGACGAGAUAUUUUCUUUGAUUUUACAAUUACAAAAGACACAAAUCAAAGAUUUACCAGAAAACAUCAAAGAAUACAUUGAAGAAAAGAUAGGAACAAAAAUUUCUCCAGAAUUAUUUGUUGAUUAUGAGAAAAACAACAAAAUUUUGGAUUUGAUUAGAUUGGAUUCCAAUUAUUUCGUUAAUUAUGUUGUAGAACAAGAAGACUACAAAGCUCACAGACUCCUUAAAUUGAUGCCUUUGAUGAGCAACAUCCAAAUUGAUGGUGACCAAUUAUCAAUUUUAAUCAACAAAACUUUGCCAGUUUACAACGAUUUAACAUCUAACAGGAAAAAGAUUGUUUUCCUCCGAUUCAUCUCUGCGGCUUUGACAGCAAUAAAGGCUCAAAGAAAGACAGCUUUGUUCCAAACAAAUCUAAUUUUGGUCAAUGAAAAUAUUGACAAUUUCUUGUCAGAUUUUACUCCUUCAAUUUUCAAUGAAUUGACAAAUUUGUGUCAAAUUUUGGCACCUUCCGUUCCCUCCAUUGAGAACUGUGUUAAGAUCAUUAACUCUGCAAUUACGUUUGGUGUUACAUCUAUCUUUUCUAUCUAUCCUUUGAUUAGUUUAGUUCAAAACACUAAAAACGAGAAUUUCGGAGUUUUAGCACAGCCAAACUUUGAAACAAUUUUGCAGCACAAUUUGCCAUCACUUAAAUCUAAUGGCUUACGUGCAUUGACAUUCUUCUUGGCACCAAAUUCAACAACAAAGCAGUUCCAACUUGUAAAUAACCUCGCGAUUACGAUUUACAAUCAAUUUGAGUUCUACAGAUUGUAUUUCAGAACUGUUCAAAGCUGUUGUUUAUUGAUGUCCAGGAUAUUAGUUAAUGCUAAUGUUGAUCAGAUUCCUCUUCCUUUCUUCUCUGGAUUUGUCAAUCAAUUUGUACAGAGAUUGUCAUCACCACAGUUUAAUUUAGCUGUUUCUUUAUUCCCGCAAUUAGCUUUGAAAGUUGGAAAACUUUAUGAAUCUCUUCUUUCAUCAUGUUAUUCAUCGUUUGAUGUUUUAGAAGCAAUAAGAGAAACAUAUAGAGUUAUAAACGAAAAUGGAAAGAGAUCUAAAGAACAAAUGUUCUUCGAUUACUUGGAAAAGAUCGAAGCAUUUUUCUUGGAAUUCCCUUCAUUUGAAUCUGGACAAAUUUUGUUGAAAGUCAUUUCAGAUGGUGGAGAUAAUGUCGAUGCUCCUUCAUACUUGUUUUCCAAGCUUCCUAUGAUUGUUUAUAACUUCCUUCCUUUGUUCCAGACUUUGACAUUGUUCUAUAAAGAUGCAAACCCACACAUGAGAGAAUCUGUUGAUGUUAUUGUUGAAUCUAUGUCAUCUGUCAUUACUCCGACAUCUAGAGGACAAGCACUUCGAAUGCUUGUUGCAGGAGGUGACAUAGAAACAGCAACAGCUAUUGCAGCUUCUGAAUUAGAUGAUGUUUCUUUAUUAAAUGGAUUGUAA